AUGAUUGUUGAUUAUCUUAAAAGAAAUAUCAUCCUCACCCCCCACCCCAUACCCUCACCACAUACCUCCACUCCAUACCCUCACCCCAUAACUCCACCCCAUACCCUCACCUCAUACCUCCACCCCAUACCCUCACCCUCCACCCCAUACCCUCACCCCAUACCUCUACCCCAUACCUCCACCCCAUACCCUCACCCCAUACCUCCAACUCAUACCUCCAACCCAUACCCUCACUCCACACCUCCACUCCAUACCCUCACCCCAUACCUCCACCCCAUACCUCCAACUCAGACCUCCAACCCAUACCCUCACCCCAUACCUCCAUCCCAUACCCUCACCCUCCACCCCAUACCCUCACCCCAUACCUCCACCUCAUUCCCUCACCCCAUACCCUCACCCCAUACCCUCACCCCAUACCUCCAUCCCAUACCCUCACCCUCCACCCCAUACCCUCACCCCAUACCUCCACCUCAUUCCCUCACCCCAUACCCUCACCCCAUACCUCCAACUCAGACCUCCAACCCAUACCCUCACCCCAUACCUCCAUCCCAUACCCUCACCCUCCACACCAUACCCUCACCCCCACCCUCACCCCGUAUCCUCACCCCGUAUCCUCACCCCGUAUCCUCACCCCAUACCUCCAACCCAUACCCUCACCCAGCUUCUUUAUAA